AGUAUUAAGAACAACAUAAGUCGUCGCUUCGUUUCUUGCGGCUGAUUGAAAAUUAAAAUUAAAAGAUAUUUGCUUUGAUUCCAAAAUGUAGGGGUUUACGAAGCUAACAAUAUCAUAGCAGUGGAAACUUCAUUGGGGAAUUGAUUUUGACUACAGACUACAAAUCAGUUGCGAAGACCCGAGUGGCAAGAAGACCGGAACUUUGGAUCUUUCGCUCUUGCGAGUCUUGGUAAGAUAACAAAAAUAAUAAAUUUUGCUUAAAGCGGAAACCUAACUUAAGUUUACUUUAGGCCGUAAAACCGUAAACGGAGUUCGGGUUUUCUUUGAUGACUCGCUUUGCCUUUGCCGGUUAGUUGCUAAUCGGCCCCCUAAUCGAAUAUUGCUUGUAAACACUAGACUUAACUGUGAUAACUGACAUGGACAAACCUUUUAUAUAUCGAGAAAUUGUUGCUGUGAAUAAUUUCCUAAAAUUUUGCAUGGUUGGUUACUUGCCACUUAGUUGAACAUUAUUUAUUCUAAUAACGAUUUUAUACUGCUUUCGUUUCUACAACUACCACAGCAGUGGAUAAGCUCAAACUGGUGCAACUAUAGGACUAAGUCGAUUUGUAUUUGGGUCCAAACACACCGGUCGCGCGGCGAUUCGACAACGCGACGCGAUUUUUUAGUUUUUGAAAGUUAAUAACACAGUCAAUGAAGUGAGAGCAAUUUUUGGGAGAUAUGCAUGUAGAUCAAAUAACCGGAUCAAAAUGUUAUACCGUUUCUAAAAAUUUGGGAAAUUUAAACGAGGAUCAAAGUUAUCGGUCAGUGAAAAUCGAAUUCUAUAUUCUAUACGUACAUUUUUACUAAUAAAUGUUCAUCUUAGACCAUAUAAAAUAAAUUCCUUGAUUCUCAUCACCGCCCGACGAUAUUUUGGUUUCCGCGUUGAUAUAUUUUUGUAUUUUGUUCUAAAAUAUAAAUUUACCGCCCGACCGAACAUCUUCAGAGAUUUAGUUAUUUUUAUAUUUUAUAUUGGAAUUUUUGCGAUAUAAAAUUGUUUUAUCGUUAAUAUUGCAACAUGUUAAGGGAUGCUUGGAAUACUGAAGGAAAAAAUGGGCUUAUAGCCUUAUUACAACGAUUUGUGUCGACCCUUAUGCAUGUUCAUUAGCGCAUGUGCAAUUAUCCACUUAUAUAGCGUUCUUCUAUAAUGUAUUUAUGGCAAAUAUAAAAAGACCUCCCUCUCCAAUUUUUUAAAUUUUAAACUUUUUUUUAUAUUUUGACAUAAAGUAUAAAAUAUAAACCUCCCGCCUCCUGGGAGUUUUUAAAAUUUAACGAUGAGAAUCAAGGAAUUUGUUUUAUAUGGCCUUAUUUUCAAACUGGAAUGUCUGGAAUGUAAUGUCUGGAGUGUUUAUGACUGGUCCCAUCACUUUUUGACAUUUUCGAUUUUCGAAGAAUUCUGCUUCUUUUGACAUAAGAAAGAAAAUAUGAGGGCAAGACGAAAACCCUGGCAAGAAAAUUUGAUUUUUCCGUACCUGCCGUACGCUGCAGAUUGUGCAUGCAGCCGGCCCGAGCGCUAUGCAAAUUGAACCUAUAGCUAUGCUAUGGAAAUCUAUUGUCUUUAAGCUAUUUUAGUGCAGGUUUAUUAUCAUUUACAAUUUCAAUGACAUUUACAAGCAGUCUUUUAAAUUUACUGUCCAUAUCGGUGACCCCAUGACGUGGUUAUGACAGCCACGACCAAAUGGAAACCAGGCUUAAGCAUGAGGUGGAGAGAAACAUACCCCGGUAAUUUAUCAUAGUGGGAACGUUAGUCGUUACUAUUUAUAACAAACAUAUAUAGGAGCCAGAUCCAUAGUUACUAUACCAAGUUUGUAGAGAGUCAUUGUUUGUCCUCAUUGGCCAGGAUGAACAAUUAAGUACGGUAGAAUUUGGAGCGGCAAAAGUUCGACACAAGUUCGGCAGAGCUUGUCCCAUUAUGCGACGUUGGAGCGACAUUGAUUCAUACGCCGCUCCACUCAUGUGCCAAACUUAAUUCAACUUUAGUCUAAAAAUGAACUUAUUUAUCUUGAAUUUUAUUUAGGUUUCGCUGGCGAAUGCGCCCUGACCUUGUCAAUAACAUUGUAUUUGGUACGCCGUUUGAAUCAUUGCCGUUCUUGUGUCGCAUCUAAUACAAUUAAUACGCCGUCUGAAACGGGCCUGUCCAGGAUCUUUCAGAAGGAGAGACCCUAGGAACGAAGUUGAAUUAAAAUUAGUUGCUGAAUGCUCCAACCGGUAAUCAAACAAAAAGUAUUUAAUUUAAAGGAAAAUGGCAAGAAAAAAUGAUGUUUGCCCAAUUUGAAAAAAUGUUAAAUUAAUUUCAAAUAUCCUACCAUCCGCCAUCUUGUUUUAUAAUUAGGAAGCGUUCAUUAAUUAAUUAAUUAAUUAAUUAAUUAUGUCGGGGGGGGGGGUCAAAAAAGCAAAAGUUGCAAGGAGGGGGUCAUAUAUUUAUAGAAAAAGGUUUUUAUACGAAGGUUUUAUACAGGGUGCAUAAAAAAAAUUGAACAGAUUUGAAAUUGCUCUCAAUUUUAAAAAACAGCUAUAAGGAUCCAGUUAUUGAUGUAUAUGAUGUAUAUAGCUUCUUUGGGUACUUAUAAUGUAGAAUAAUAAAAAAUUGUGUAAACCAGGGGGUGCGUCUUUUCCAACAAACUAAAAAUGGCUUGCGCACGAGAUUUAAAAGUUUAAUCGUAUUUUGAGUUAAUGGAUGGAAAAUGUGUUGGGUGUUUAAUUGCUGCACGAAAUUUUAGACAAUUUGCUUCAGUUUAAGAAUAGUUAAAGAACUGUUCACGCAAACUUAUAUUUUUUCCUAAAAAGUCAGCCUUUUGCAUGCUUAAUUAUGCCUUUGCCCAAUUUGCAUAUGUCAACAAUAUGAAAAUUAGGUAAAGGCAUAAGUAAGCAUGCGAAAGGCUGAUUUUUUAGGAAACAAUGAAUAGUCAAAGGUUUAAACUAAAGCAAAUUGUCUGAAAUUUUGUACAGCAAUUAAAAACCCAACACAUUUUCUAUCCUUUAACUCAAAAUACGAUUAAAAGCUUUUACACUUUAUGCGCAAGCCAUUUUUAGUUCAGUACUCACGGAAUCUAUAUAUAACAAAAACUUAUACCACGACCUGUUUUGCGAAAUUAAUUGAGAGCAAUUUCAAAUCUGUUCAGUUUUUUUAUGCACCCUGUAUUGAAUCCCUCUUUCGUGUGGGGUAAAAUAAAUUUAUUGCUAUUUCCUUUUAAACACACCAACGCUUUGACCACAGCGCUAUUGAGGCACCUAUUUCUUCAGAAUUGUUGUACUUUUUAAAUUAGGUCCAGAAGUGCACAAGACUAGAAUAACCCGUGCUCAAUUUUAGAUAAACAACGACGUUUUUAUUACGAGAAAUUGUGUAAACAGAGAAAAGAUCUUUCAAUGUCUUCAAAGAAAAGGGGAAACGAUCGAAACUCAACGUUUUAUACAAGGCAGCCAAAGGAAGAUUUACGUAAAAAAUUAGACUCCCGGCGGAGAUCCGCAAAAUCAUCUAAUCAGAUCAAUUGUAGUAAUCUUUCAUAUUCGACGACGCGAGGUAGAGAAGAAAGGCAUUCGAAAGAGACCGCAGUAAAGGGGGGACGUCCUUCACAAACUAACAAUCGUGUUAAUCGUCAAAGCUCAAAAACACAUGGCCGCCAUAAAAAUGGUGAAACAUUUUCUCGUGAGGAACUUUCUACAUCGGGCAGACUGAUCGAGCAAACCAGUUCUAGUUCAAGAUCUAGACAGAGCCAAAGUAGAACUGCCAGGACUGCUAAUGAUGCACGACGGAAAAUAAAAGGAAAGGAAAGUAGCCAUGACGAAAAGAGAAAUAAAGCGAAUAAAAAGAUUCCGCCCAGAUCAAGACCGACUUCAAAUAAAGAUAGCAAAGAACGGCAACGAUCGCAUCCCAAUCAAAACAGGACUAGCUGCCAAAAAAGAAACAAAUUUCAUAAUUCAACAAACAAUCAGUCCAAAAACGAUUCCAGAAAAAGAGAGCAUUCACCUACGACAAGAACAAAUCAACCGAACAAAAAACCAAGAAAACAGCCAAACCCCUUUAUUCGUUAUAACGAUCGGUUUAGCAGGCUUCUUUUAAAAGACUCGUCUGAAAUAAUCAUCGCGUUGCUAAAUGACCACGCAGCGCUUUGCGAUUUUCUCAAAGGGGACAAUAUCAGUGCAAAAUCAAUUGAAGAGAUGAUGGAAAUUUUGUCUAAGCUUUACGAUACCCCAUACAGGCAAAACUUCACGAAAAUAUUUGCUGUUUUUAAAGAUCCAGCAUUUUUAAAACACCUUCGCCGUUAUAUACUUCGACUUUCAUAUUGCCAAGAAGAUCACGUAAAGAAGAAAGCACAUUUGGAAAAAAUAAUCCGGUUUUUUAACGAGCUUUUGAGUCUAUUUCCAGACACAUGUGAAGAUUUACCGCUUGAUGUCUUGUUCACCCACGCAGAUCUAUGGCAAAUCAACAACACGAUCACCAAUACUACCACCCCCACCACGACCACCAGCAACAACAAUUUCACCCCCACCGACAACGACAAUAGCAGCAAAAAAAGUCAAGAUGAGAACGAAAAUGACGUCACUCAAAAUACAAACUCCACUAAUGAAGAUCAAGAACAACAAAUCAAAGAUAGCAUCCUAAAACUGAAAUCCCUGCGCGACGAAAUACUCCAACAAAAGCAUUCUCCAACUAACACAACUGUGGUCAAAAACACCCCACCUGAUGAUUACAAAAGCAUCCCUGUUUUUCCCAGACGAGAAGACAUAUUCUCUGAUAAACCACCGUACCUGCGGAAAAACAUUGUCCGCGGUCAAUAUAACGAUGUCACGCAUUACUUAGAUGUCCAGUUUCGCUUAUUAAGAGAAGAUUACAUUGCCCCAAUACGCGACGGAGUGCUGGAAGUUACCGGUAUGCAUGAAGACCGAUCACGAAGUAUUCGCGUGUACAGAAAUGUCAACGUUGUUGGACGGUUAUUGGACACAAAGUUUGGAGGCUUACUUCAUCGCGUUCAAUUUGACGCCAGUCGUAUACCCCGAGUUAACUGGGAACACUCGAAACGAUUUAAAUACGGUUCCUUAUACUGCCUUAUCGACAGUAACACUACAUCCACGAUGUAUUUUGUCACAAUCACUGAUCGCGACCCGAAAGAACUGAAAAAUGGCAUUUUAAAAGUAAAAUUCUUUGACGACAAUGUCGCUGAAUCUAUAACGGCUCAACAGCAGUUCUUUAUGAUCGAGUCCCCAGCUUAUUUCGAAAGUUAUCGCCAUGUUCUAGAAGGGCUUCAGAAUUUCAACAAGGAUAACCUACCAUUCCAGAGGUAUUUGGUACAAUGCAAUUCUUACGUUAGGCCGCCUGUCUACUUGAAGAAAUCAACAAAUCCCAUCCUGAGUUUAGAUGAAGAUGCAAAUCUUGAAGUAACGGAUCGCACAACGGAAAACGUUGGUGGUAACAAUCAUGGUUGCUACGAUUUGACUGAAGCCUUGUGUAAAACCGCUGAGUCGGUGUCAGUUCUAAACCCUAGUGCAUGGCCAUCACCAUCCAAAGUGGAUUUAAACAAUUCCCAAUACAACGCGUUAAAAGCUGCACUCACUCAGGAAUUCGUGGUAAUUCAAGGACCUCCCGGUACGGGUAAGACAUUCGUAGGACUUCGGAUUGCAAAAGCUUUGUUAAAAAACAAAUCUAUCUGGCGUCGACGGAAGCCACUGACAAAGAAUGAAGUGAAGAAUGAUGGCAGAAAUCAUAGUCCAAUCUUGGUCGUGUGCUAUACAAACCAUGCUCUUGAUCAGUUCCUUGAAGGAAUCUUAGAGAUCACCGAAAACGUUGCAAGAGUCGGUGGAAGAGGGAAAAGCGAAAGCCUAGAACGAUUCAAUUUAAAAGCAAGGAAAAAGAUGACCAAGGAAUCGUUACACUGUCGGGUUUUGAAAAGUAAGUUGAAGAAUGUUCAAGUUAAGAUUGAGGAAAAAAGAUCAAUUAUAGAGGCAGCUCAUAAACAACUUAGUCCUAAAGAUGUAGAAAAAUUAAUCAGCGAUGAAGAGAGAGAACAGCUUCAACAAUGGGAACGCGUCGCUCAUCAAAUGCGAGUACAUAGAAUCGAAGCGUGGCUUAAAAUGCAAGAUGAAGCUGAUGAUGGCAGUCCUGAAAACAAGCGCAAACGAUCUAGCAGUGAUAUUGACGACACGGAAUGCAAUAUCUUGACACCAAAGCGUUUGCGAAACACAGGUGAUAGUAUAACAAAUCUAAAUCAUGAUGGUUUAAGCGAACAUGUAAAUCCAUCUUGUAUGCAAGAGCAAGGAAAUAAUAAGAACACCAUGUUUUUGUGUCUUUCUGCCAAAAACGCUGAAGAGAAAAUUGGUGAAUUAAACGAGCUUGAAGAAGGUGAACUCCCAGAUAGUGAUGACGAAAUGUUUCACCAGAGUAAUGACGCUCGCACGGGCCACACCAUGACAAAUGAAUUCGAAGAUACUGCAAGAAUGACCGAUGACAUCAAUAACAGCGGAAGCAUGGACAUAGGUUUCAACAACAUACUUUGUUCACAAGCGAACAAUAUUGAUCUUACAAUGACUUUGGUUCCACAGAUUGCUUGCGAAGAAAAUGAAAACACUGAAAAUGAUGGAAUUAAUAAUGAAGACGAAAUAAUGGAGGGCAAGGAUAAUGAGAAGCUUGGGAACAAACACUUGAAUGAUGGAAAAGAUAAAGGAAUAGACUAUAGUUUUGGAAUGUUUUUGUCUACAAAGAAUUCUGGUGAGCAAAAUGACAAAGACGAAAAUAUGGCAGAUAACAAACUUGUUAUGAUCAUGGAAAGCGGAAAAGGAAAACAGAAAGAUUCUUCGACGUUUUUACUUGCAAACACUUCUGGUAAUUCAAAUCACGCAAAAGAAAUUGUGGACAACGGAGACAAUAUUGUGGUCAUCGACAAACAGUUGGCUGAUGAAAGAGAUGAAGAAAAGGACAAUGGUUCAUCAAUGUCUUUAAUUAGAAGGAUAACUAGCAAGGCAAACCAUAAAGAAUUAGUACUUGUAGACAAUAAACAUAACGAAGACGACGAUGUGCUCAAUAAGAAACAUUCGAACGAAUGGAAUAAAGUAGAUGAGAGCUCUAGGGCCGGGAAUUCUGACAAACCAAAUGACACCUUUACUGAAGAUGCUGAGGAAGGAGAAAUAUUCGACACCAUUGAUGACAUGUCUGAUAGCGAUGACACUUCAAACGAUGGUGAUGGUGGUAUUGACCUCACAACAAUCAUAGAAGAAGGGAUUAAUCUUAUUAGAAGAGGCAAUGAGAAUACUAAAGGAAGCGUGGAGCCAAAUCCUGGUGUUGGCGAAGAAAUUACAUUGUCUGAUGCUCAGAAUCAAAGCAAUGAACAAACAUAUCAAGUUGAUCUUAAAGUACUUUUGGAAGACCAGCGCUCAAACCUUUACCAAGAAUGGGUUGAGAGGUAUUUUAAGCAUCACAAAGAAAAGAUCGAGAGUUUGCGAAAGACACACGACGACACAUUGCAGCAGAUAUCUGAGAUUGAAAGUAUUCAAGUGGAAGGAAUCUUAAAGAAUGUCGACGUGAUUGGCAUGACAACCACUGGAGCGGCAAAACACCGCCUUACCUUGCAAGAAAUUAAACCAAGGAUUGUGAUAGUUGAAGAAGCAGCCGAAGUACUCGAGGGUCAUGUGAUAACAGCGCUCUCCAGUGGCACAGAUCAUUUGAUAUUAAUCGGAGACCACAAGCAGCUCAAACCGAAUCCAGCCGUUUAUGAACUUGCUAAACAUUACAACUUAGAUGUUUCUCUGUUUGAACGAAUGGUCAACAACGGCUUCACGUGUCAUUCGUUAAGUACCCAGCAUCGCAUGAGACCGGAGAUUGCUGACAUAAUGCGUAUUAUUUAUCCUAAAUUGGAUGAUGAUGUGUCAGUGCAACGUUACGACAGUAUAACCGGUAUUCAACACAACGUGUAUUUCAUCGACCACCAGAAACCAGAAAGUGGGAAUGAUGAAUUAAAAAGCCCUUCCAACCAACACGAAGUCGAUUUCGUGACUGCACUAUGUAGGUAUCUCCUGUUACAAGGCUAUCAAGGCGACAGUAUCACCGUGUUAACAAUGUAUACUGGGCAGUUGUUAAAGUUACAGCAUCGUAUGCCAAAAGAUUCUUUCGAUGGUAUUCGUAUCAGUUCUGUAGAUAACUUCCAAGGCGAAGAAAGCGACAUUAUCAUAUUGUCAUUGGUCAGGAGUAACAAGAAUGGAAUCAUUGGUUUCCUAAAUAUACCAAACCGUGUUUGCGUUGCUUUGUCAAGAGCGAAAAAGGCAUUGUAUUGUAUUGGUAAUAUUUCAAUGAUGGCAACGAAGAAUAAGCUAUGGAAUAAGAUCAAGAACCAUUUGCAUAACAAAUCUGUGAUUGGAAUCUCAUUGCCUUUAUGUUGUCCAAAGCAUCCCGAAAAGAAGAUUGAAGCUUCAUCGGCCGAAGAUUUUAAGAAAGCGCCACAAGGUGGGUGCAUGUCUCCUUGUGGAUUCCGGCUACCCUGUGGACACGCUUGCUCCUUGCAUUGCCAUCCUGUCGACCCUAAACACGAAAAGUAUCGCUGCACCGAGAAGUGUCUUGAAGAGUUAUGCGACUUAAAACAUCGUUGUAGAAAACUAUGUCAUUUUGGUGAAGACUGCGAACCAUGCAAGGAAAUGGUUUCCUAUGUCGUUCCUUCCUGCAACCACGAGAUACAGAUUGAAUGUUUCCAACGUGGAAAAAUUAAAUGUCCGAUUCCUUGUACGAAUGAUCUUCCUUGUGGUCACCGCUGUGCCGGGAAAUGCGGAGAAGAUUGUAAUUCAUUCCCAUGUCAGAUGGAAAUCACUCGUAUUCUAAAAUGUGGUCAUACAGUGUCCAUGCCUUGUUCAACUGAUGUUCAGAAUUAUGAAUGCAGUGAAUCAUGCGAAAAAUUGCUCGACUGCGGUCAUAAGUGUCGAGGGAAUUGCUCACGCUGUCACAAAGGAAACCUUCACGUGAAGUGUGAAGAACCAUGUAAACGUCUACUUGUAUGUUCUCAUGAAUGUAAAGAACCAUGUACAAAGAAUUGUCCUCCGUGUGAAAUGCCUUGCGAAAAUCGUUGCAACCAUAGUUAUUGCCCAAGGCCCUGUGAUAAACCCUGCACACCAUGUAGAGAGCUCUGUAUGUGGAAAUGUGAACAUCAUGAGUGCACCAAACGAUGUGGUGAAAUAUGUGAUCGGGAGAAAUGCAACGAGCCAUGCCCUAUACCAUUGGAAUGUGGUCAUCAAUGCGUCGGUGUUUGUGGAGACUUCUGCCCACGGCUGUGUCGUAUUUGCGAUAAGGAGGAACUACAGACAAUCUUUCUCGGUAACGAAGACGAACCGGAUGCUUUGUACAUCGAACUGGUAGACUGCGGACAUGUCUUUGAAGUGAGUGACCUCGAUCACUGGAUGGAAUUAGAAGGAAAGAAAGAGGACGGAAGUAUUGUAAUUCAACUCAAAGUUUGCCCCAAGUGUAAGACUGUGAUAAGACGGAGUCUAAGAUAUGGAAACAUCAUCAAGAAAACUUUGGCUAAUAUUGAAAAUGUUAAAAAGAUAAAAUUGGAAGAACAGAGACAACUACGAGAAAAACUAUCCCAAUUAAGACAAAGCGUCCACGAACUAACGAAGAAGUAUCCGAAGCUUGUCGACUAUCGUCUACUAUUAAUUCGAGUUAACCAAAUGCGCUCUGACGCAGACGCCUACAACACGUUAGAAAAUCAACUCAAGUUUUUUUCACGUCUUCGUGAAAUUGAUGAAAUGUUCUUCACGGGUCCAGAAAUGGCAGAUUUUGUUGCACGAUCAUCAAAGCUUCCGAGUAAGAAGAAGCAAAUUCGUUUAUUUCUGCAUCACCGGACAUUGCUAAGUAAUCAAGAAGUCAAGGAUAUCUCGGAGAAUAUAGCUUUUCUCUCUCUCAGUUGUCAGUUCGAGUACAUGAUUUGGAAAAUAGAGAAAGAUGAUAAGAACUCGGCUCUAUCAGAGGAAAUCAAAUCAAGCAUCGAGUCUGCCAAGAAUAUCAUGUCACGUCAGCACAUCGCCGUUGACACUGCCUUAGAGAUAACCGAUGAAGAACGAGCUGUGGUCGCUAGUGUGAUAGAAAAUGUGAGUCGAGAAGUCGGAAUCACUCACCUUACUCCAAAGGAACGCGAUGAUAUUAACAAGGCCUUCAACUUUUCGCAAGCUGGUCAUUGGUUCAAAUGUCCCAACGAUCAUAUUUACGUUAUUACGGAAUGCGGGGGAGCAACGCAGACCAGCAAAUGCCCAGUGUGUCAGGAGGUGAUAGGUGGGACAAAUCAUACGUUAGUUGAAAGUAAUCAACUGGCAUCAGAAAUGGACGGAGCAACUCAUGCUGCAUGGUCAAAUCGAGCAAAUCUGUUGAAUUACGAUCCAGAACAACUUAGGCGACUUCGAAGAUAGAAAGAUAGUACAAGGUAUGCUAACCAAAUGAACUGCGCCAUAGGCAUACGGGCGGGAGUGGGGGGGGGGCGAACAUAAAUUUUCUGGACCUUGAUGGAAUUUGCCCAACCGACCCGAAAACGUCUAUAAUUUUUUGCACAAUUUUUAAUCAAAUCUGCCCGAUUUUUAGGCGUACAAUUGCCCGAUUUUUCAGUAUAACCUGCCCGAUUUAAAAAUGAACUGCCAUUUGGAUUGCAUGUAACAGUAUAUAUAUAUAAUUGUGACAACAGAAUUGCUGUAGGUUGCAACAACAAACGAUUUGAACACAAUUGCAAAGUAGAUAAAAAUAAUAUUUAUCGUUAUUUUAUAUUUUAGAUGAUUGAACAGUCAACCGUUCGUAACAGUGAAAAAAUUAGGUUGGAUGGUUUUAAAAUGUGGAAUGAUUGAUGAAGAAUAACGAUAUAUCAAGGUAAUAUUGAAUUGGUAAUAUUGAAUUACGAAUGAUAAAAAAAAACACAGUCAACUGAGUUAUCAAGGAUAUUAAAUGAGUUUUGUAUAGCGAUCCAUUGUAGUUUGUAUAGUAUAUUUACAUUUAGUAUAAAAGAAACAAUGUAGAAACUUGGGCCGUGUAAGAAUGCUUUGAACCCCAAGUGGUUCGAAGUCGACACUUAUGAUGACCGUCUUGCACCACUUAUAUUAGUUAUAACUCCAACAAAAAUGAAUUACUUAGGGUUGGAGUUGUAUUUCAGGGCUAGUUCAUACGAGCCUAGCUAGCCAGGGAACUCGCCUGAGUGAGAGCAUGCCAUGCAUUGUUAAUAAUAAUUGUGCGUUAUGCACAUGAUGGACGAGCUCCUCGCUCUACACACGUAAAAAUCUCACGUGUCAACAAGAUGUGUUGGCUACAGACUUGUAGCAAACUAGCAAUCUUAUCAACAAGUUGUAACAAUAUUGUCCUUUUACCAAGCUGCCCACAUACCUUUUAUCAAGGUAUUCACUCCCAACUUGUGAACAAGUUGCUUGUUGAAUUUGCAGGACUAUAGCAAGCAGGCUUAGAAAAUACAUUUCUCUUCCUGGCAGCAAAACCCAAACAAAACCUGUGUAUAAAGUGAAAUGUAAAACUUCCUGCAUGUGUAGAUUUCAGAGAACGUAUGGUGCUGCACAUUGUGAUAAACUUUAAUCUCGGCACAAGACAAUCUCGACUUGCAAAACGCUUUCGUAAACAUUAAUUAUAUGGCAUUCUAGUACUUAAAGGGUAUUGGCAACAAAAAAUUGUAUUGAUUUUAUUGCUUCAUCUGAAGGAGCAUGAAAAAAUAAGCCGACUGGCCGUUUACUGCUCUAUUCUAUCUCAUCUGGUUCCGAAGUUAUACGCAAAAAUGUGCAAAAUAUAAAUUGCUGAUUCAGCACAUUCUGUGACGUCAUAAGCUGGGUAAGUAUGUUUAUUGAAUAGUAAACUAAAGCAUAGCUGAGUUAUUAUUAGCUCAAAUCAAAUGAAAUUUUGCAUACAGAUAGUACAUGAUGAGAUGC